AUGGGCUCCGUUGUAGAUCUCUUUGAUUACAUUAUCGUGGGAGGUGGCACGGCCGGCCUGACAGUUGCCAGUCGCUUGACCGAAGAUGCAGAUAUCAAGGUCCUAGUGAUCGAAGCCGGGCAAGAUCGCACCGGUGAUGCUCUCGUUCAGACCCCAGGCCUUGUCCUUGGGAUGUAUGGCAAGCCUGAAUACGAUUGGAACUUCAGCUCAACACCUCAGCCGGGACUCAACGACCGGAUUAUCAACCAGCCUCGAGGCAAGCAGCUGGGAGGGUCAUCUACGGUCAACUUUAUGAUGUCCUUGUUUCCUCCCAGAGGCAGCCUUGACGCUUGGGGUACCUUGGGAAAUCAGGGCUGGGACUAUGAUUCCCUCUCGCCGUACUUGCGCAAGUUCGCGACGGUCCACCCUCCUCCUCAAGCUGCUAAGGAAACCCUUGGUCUCGCUUAUCACGACGACUCACUCAUUGGCAAUGGGCCCGUCCAGGUUUCCUAUAGCGAAGGCUACAGCACAGCAAACGCAGUCUGGAUGGAGACCUUUUCCAAGCUUGGGCUGAAGAUGGAAACAGACCCGCGAACUGGGAAAGGCCUGGGAGCAUUUCAGCAAGGCGGUAGUAUCAAUCCUGCCACUAAAACAAGGAGUCAUGCCGCGAGCGCGCAUUAUACUCCCGAGAUUGCGAGCAGACCAAACUUGACAGUUUUAACGGAGACGACGGUCAAGAAAAUUGUUUUCGACACUUCGAAAGCCGAACCUGUUGCUGUUGGUGUGCUCACCCGAUCAAAGGAUGGCAGUGAAAAGACGCUGAGUGGUGGCGAGAUCAUCCUCGCUGCAGGAGCUCUUAUGUCGCCCCAGAUACUCGAACUCUCCGGUAUUGGUAGCAGGUCACUCCUCGAGAGCCUGGAUAUUCCCGUCAUAGUUGACAACUCUAAUGUCGGAGAGAAUCUGCAGGAUCAUCCCAUUACAUGCCAGUCAUUUGAAGUCAAUCCUGGAGUUCCUUCGGCAGACGUGUUACGGGAUCCGGCCAUCCUCAAUGCUCUUUUACAGCAAUACCAAGACGGCGGCAAGGGCCCCUUGGGUCAAUCUAAUAUCAGCGUUGCAUAUGUGCCGCUUGCUGAUGAAGAGGGUGUCUACUCUCAAGACGCGAAGAAAGCGCUGUUUGCCUCGUAUGACGAGCAUGUACAGACUCAAGAUAGAAAGAUGGUUCGCAAGCUCCUCGAAGAACCGGAUGAGCCAAGUGUCCAGUAUGUUCUCUUUCCUUCACAGGCGCACAGUGUCUUGGACGACCCGCCUAGCAUGGCGGAUUACCUCUUGCCGACAAGCCCAGAGAAUUAUCUGACAGUCAUGACAAUGUUGAACCAUCCCCUUUCCCGCGGAAGCAUCCACAUCACCAGUGAUGAUGUUGACAAGCUUCCUACUUGGGAUCCUAAAUUCAACUCGAACCCGUUGGAUCUGGAAAUUUCGGCACGCCACGUCCAAUUCGUUGAAUUACUUCUUCGUACCUCUCCCUUUGGAGACAUCUUCAAGCCUGAUGGCGCUCGCAUUCCACAGGUCAGGGGCGAUAGUUUGGAGAACGCUAGGGAGGUUGUUCGUCAAAGUCAAGUCUCUUGUUUCCACCCCUCAUGUAGCUUGUCUAUGAAGCCAAGGGAGCAAGGUGGUGUUGUAGACAACAGAUUGAGAGUGUAUGGUACCAAAGGGCUGAGAGUAGUCGACGCCAGUAUCUUUCCUCUUCAGGUCGCGGGAAAUAUCCAGACCAUGGUCUAUGCUGUUGCAGAAAGGGCUGCGGACAUCAUCAAGGAGGAUAGAAAGGCGGGGCUUUAG